GCCCGCCGGAACCGAUCGCGCGCCCUUCCGCCGCGGGGUCACGUGACGUCCCGUCGGUCCCGCAAGAUGGCGGCGCCCAUGUUGGUGCCCGAGCCCCCCCUGGGGAAGCCGAGCCAUCAAAAGUACAGAGCUAUUCUGAAGAAGGAGAAGAGGAAAAAAAAGCGGCAGGCACUUGCCAAACUAAGAGACUCAGAAGCUGCAGAAAAAGAUGAAUCUGUGUCUGAGGAAGAAGAGGAGGAAAUGGAAGAAGAGGAGGAAGAAGAAGAAGAAAAAAAACUUGAGGCAGAAAGACAAAAACUACAUGAGCAGUGGUUGCUGAGAGAAGAAAAGGCCCAAGAAGAGUUCAAGCUAAAGAAAGAAAAAGAAGAGGCUGCAAGAAAGCGUCAAGAGGAAGAAGAGAGGAAGAUCAAAGAAGAAUGGGAAGAGCAACAAAGAAAAGAGAGAGAAGUGGCACAGCAGAAGCAACAGGAGAAGAGAGAGAGAGAGGCAGCUGUGCAGAGGAUGCUGGAUCAAGCUGAAAGCCAGCUGGAGAAUGGUGUGAGUUGGCAUAACCCAGAGCCCCCAGAGAAUCUGGGAACAGAGAAGGACAGAGCAAACUGCCCAUUUUAUAUUAAAACAGGCUCCUGCCGAUUUGGAGACAGGUGUUCUCGCAAGCAUAACUACCCCACAUCGAGCAAGACGCUGCUCGUGCGAGGCAUGUUCAUCACUUUUGGCAUGGAGCAGUGCCGGAGAGACGACUACGACACAGAUGCCAGUCUGGAAUACAGUGAUGAGGAGACCUACCAGCAGUUCCUGGAGUUCUACGAGGAUGUGCUCCCCGAAUUUCAGAAUGUGGGGAAGGUGGUUCAGUUCAAGGUCAGUUGCAACUAUGAGCCUCACCUGCGAGGAAAUGUGUACGUCCAGUACCAGUCGGAGAAGGACUGUCAGGCAGCUCUGGCUCUGUUCAGUGGACGAUGGUAUGCAGGCAGACAGCUUCAUUGUGAAUUCUGUCCUGUGACAAGGUGGAAAACUGCCAUAUGUGGCUUAUUUGAAAGGCAGAAGUGUCCAAGAGGGAAACACUGCAACUUUCUUCACGUAUUCAAAAAUCCAAACAACGAGUUUUGGGAGGCCAACAGAGACAUACGUCUUUCUCCUGAACGGACUCAUCAGUUGUCUAAAAACUCUGAGAGGAGAAACAGAUCGAGCCAUCGUGACGACUACUACAGCCGGUCCAGGAGAAGGGGCAGCCCGAGCCCAGACCAUUCCUACCGCAGAAAUGGAGAAUCAGAGAGGAAAAAGAGUCGCCGCAAAAACAAGAAGCGGCGCCGCUCGGGGAGGUCGAGGAGUCGAGAGAGGAGAAGGUCUCACAGCAGGGGCAGGAAGAGGAGAGGCCGCAGUCGCAGCAGGAGCCACAGUCGGACACGCAGCAGGAGCAGAAGCAGGAGUUCCUCUCGAUCCAGGAGCAGGGGUAAAAAGAGAUCAAGCAGCAGAGGAAAAAAUAGUGAAACUCCCAAAACAAAGUGAGAAUUACUUUCAGAAAUUGCUAAUUGAUAAAAAUAGAGCUGACAAAGAAAUCUUCCCAAUAGGGCACCAGAUAUAUUUGAAUUUCAAAUAAAGUGUUCUUGCACAUUAAAAUGUUUCUUCCUAUUAAAGGAAUGUAGUUUACUGUGUGCGAAGCUUGAGAAAAUUAGAAGUCCUAUAGAAGGUGUGAAUGUCAAGUACUUUAGCUACUCUGUCCCUCUGAACUGCUGCAACAUCUGGAUGCACACUGAGUACAAGUAGAGAAGUGAAGCCUCUUUGGUAUAUGCUUAUUUCUGUUACGUGUAUGUUAAGUGUUUACUGUUCCUGUAAGGAGUUAGUACCGAACAGCCAGUGUGCAGUAAAUUGGCACCCCAGCACACUGCAGAUCCAGGUCUGUGUAGAUGGCUGCCAUUUGUAUUUUUCAUCUGUUUAUCGGAAAUUGUUUUUUAGACAAAGAAAAUGUAAUUGUUUUAUGAGUCGGAGAAAAGGGAUUUCAAAGACAUCACUAUUUGAUUGUACAGUACUUGCCCAGUAGGAGCUUUUUGGUCACGAGUGUUGGAUUUUUCUUGACCCUGACUGAGUUGCUGAGCUGAUCGCUUGUAGGGAUUGCAGUAGACUAAAACCAAGUAGAAGUACACAGAGAAACAAUCACUUUAUUCAGUACCUUAAUCCCCAAGUAAGACAAGAGACCAUGCAACUGUAAUCCUUGAGUGAGGUUAGAAAUACUCUGCAUACCUCUUGGUUGCACACCAUUUGUACAUGAAAAUUACCUGCCCACCUUGUGCUGGAGGGGUGAAAAGUGUCCCAUCUGGGAACCAAAGAUGUGAUUGUGAAGGCUCAGUCAAGAUGGCCGCAGAGUGGCUGGAGAAACUGAAGAGUUCAUACAUGAAAGAACACUUCAUGGUUUUGGGAGAGGAGGACUUAAGAGCCUUUUUAGGUUUAUUUUACAAAUAGUUUAAGGCACCCUACUGCCUUGUUUUCCUAAGGCCAAGGUGAAGAGCAGGGUACAUAAAAACAAAAUUAUUGGGACAAUACCUUCUUGAAAUGACAGCUACAAUAGCGAAUAGAAAUCCUUACCAAUAUUUUUUCACUUUUAAAUAAAAAAGAUUUGUGCUGUUAGAUGUACUGUAUUUCACAUGGCUUAUCUUCAAGUUUUAACGUGGGCACCUUUGUCCUCAGACACUCGCAGAGAGGUUGUGGCACAAAGGUGCAGGUGCCCUGACGGUCUGUAGAGACACCUCCCUGUCCUUAGCCUCUCCAAAGAACUCAGCUCCUGCCUUCAGAGAACCAAUCAGACCCCAGGAGUUAGAAGCCUAAAGCAGGCAUGAAGUGCUCCCAGAUAGGAAUUCCUUACAAUUCCUGGCAAUGUAACAUAAACUCCCUUAGAAAAUACAGCUAUCUGAACUUUACCAAUUUACCAAUUACAGAUAUCUGAACUUUACUAAUUUAUUAUUCUUCACAGCAACAAUGUUUUUCCCCAGGAUAGGUAAGAUCAAGUGAACAUUGCUUCUGGAUAUGAUAUAUAUAUUUGCUUUUCUAAAUGCAUAGUGCACCUAGCAUGCUGAUUAUACAUUUUUCUUUCUUUCUUCAUGUGUAACUUGUCCAAUAUGGAGUAAUGCUACAAAAGCAAUGUUCAGUUCAAACCAAAUUUCCACAAUAUAUUGUCAUAACUGUAGGCAGAGCUUAGUUAAUUUGAUUAAAUGUUUUAGUUAUUAACAGAUGUAGGAAUUGUAAUUAUCAUAACUUUUGAAAUAAUAACUUUUUUAAAAGGCAUAUUUUGAAGGACAGACAGCACAAAGUUUUUAAUUCCAUUUGAGAAAUUUGUUACUGCCAGUUUCUUAUAAUGUACAUUUUUUUCACCACACCUUAGAGACAAAUUUUCCCUGAGGUUUCUGGUUUUUUUAGAGAUGCUCAGUUGCCUCACUGGGUCACUUGCAACACAUGUGGCAAACUCUCGUUCAGUUGGCCAGCAGCAGGCCGGUUUCAUCCUCCAUUCCCUGGGCUGCCCUGCUUCCCACAGCUCUCUGGUGGGAGAGCUGGCUUGUGCCCAUGCAGAUGCUGCAGACAGACUGUCACAGAGCAUCAUCCCAGCAAAAUCAGCUGUCCAACUCAAGGAAAAGGGAUGGAGUUGGUGGUGGGAACCUGUGACCAGUCAGCUGAAAUAAGCAAACCAGGUUUCAUGGGAUUAGAAACUAAGUGCCCACUAACAACCACGUGAGAAUUCCAUGGGUGAUUAGGCUUCUUGUCUCCACAGUUUUGCAAAAGGAUUUGGGAAGCUGAGUGGCUGUAUUAAAAAAAACAAACAAACAAACAAAAAACAACUUGCUCAGAAAUGCAUGUAUAAAUUUAAAUAUACUUUAUUUCUGCUACUACAAUGGCUGCGGCUUCAGCUUGUUUCUCUUGAGGUCUGGACCUAAACGUGCUGGCUGUACCUGUACAGUGUAGGACUGGUAGCUGUGAUUAUCCUGCACUUUCACACACUGUUUAUUACACAGAACUUGAGUGCUGUAGGUCUGACAUUUAGCUUGCACUUGUUAGCAUGAAACCUGGGAUUCCACCAGUUUUCUGACUUUGGAGUUUGUAUUUUUCAGUACUCUUUCUCUGCUUCAUAAUCUUAAGUAGUGUUAUAUGCAUGGUUUUGUGUUUCCUUAUUAUUAUGUGUGAGUUAUUUUAUUCUGGAGAGACAGACUAGAAGUUUUUUAAUGUUAAGCCUAAUUAUUUUCUUUCCCAAAGGGAAAAAGCCCCAGAACACGAAAGGAUUUAAAUUUGUAAGGAACAGCCUAUUUGCAUUGCGUGUUAUUCCGCAUAUUCCACAGAAAAGGACCUUAUAAAGUGAAUUAAUGUGGGCCAAGUUUUGUUUUGUCUUCAAAGACUACUUAAAAGCAGCAGCUUUCAAAAUACUUUUUUUCAGUUGUGGAUUCUGCAGGGAUCACAGAGGUGUUUGGAGUAAUUCUGGCAUUUACACACAGGUUCAGGGUGCCUGUGCCAGAUGCCCUACUUCAGUCAGGAUGGUGCUGCCCUGCCCUUCAGUGGAGCAGGAGCAGCUCAGCCAGGCAGCAGCGCUGCCUUGUUCAGCAGCACAAGGGGAACUCCUGUAGGCAAGGGCACUGUCGCUGCCCAGCAGAAUUAAGGCAUCAGGGGACUGGGCUUGCCCCUCACAGCAGAGUGCCUUCCCAUUCAACUGUAGCUGGUGGCCACUUCUGUGGGAUUUCAUUCUGUCUGUCUGUGAGGAAGGGUGGCACGUGGCUGUGUGUUGAAUACAAGGCAUUUCUUGUGGACACCCAGCAAGGUAUCCUCUCUGGCCCCAGCCCUUGUGUAUAGGGCACAUUGUCCAAAAUGCAUCCCAAGUGACUCCUCUGCCACUUUUAUGCCCUGUGAUGGCAGCAUGGCUGUUUUGCAUUGGCACGUUCAGUGUAUUGGAAACUGCCCUUCGGUUUAUCAGUGACAUUCCUGUGUGCUAAAUAACUUGUUUUUUUUCUAAAGACAUGCAAGAGCCUGCUAAAAGCUCCUAUUGCUUCCUGUCCUGGAUCAGCACUUCUUACAAAACAUGAAAGAUGGAAGUUUAUGCUAGUUAAUAACCUAAAAGCUUAAUUUACUUUCUUAUAUAAUCCAAAGGGUGCAGCUCAUUUUGCUUUCAGUGUAAGCUUGUAAUUAAAAUGAACCCCAAUUCCACAUAUGCUCCUGCUCAGCACUGAUGUAUCAGGUGAACUGAGUAUCUAUGGCUGAAAACCAAAACUGAUGUGAUAUGGACAGGUAACACUGUCGAGCCGUGAGACAGACUGCAAAGCAAACUGGACAACGUAACCCAUGGUACGUGGGAGCUUGACAGAGGCAGCCACAGGGUGACCAUCACUGUGGCCUUACCCCAGAAGAACAGCAGAUGUUUAGGAAAGCCUCUUUGAGUUAAAUUUAGACUUAAGUAAGUGAAGACACUCAAGACAACAAUCAACUUGCCUGAACAAUCCAGAAAUUCCUACUUAUUCUUUAGCUCUCCCCAACCCUUCCACACAAGACAGGAAAUUCAAAGACCAGAAUUUAAUUUUAAAUUAAUUUUAGAAAUGCCUGAAGAUGUUAAUUUUUCCCCAUGCUUUUGCUGAUAGCAUGAAGCAGUUCAGUUCUUUCAGAAAGGUGGAGAACAGAUUCAUCUGACAUACUUUUGGUCGAGACCAGGACUGUAAACAUUGCAUUGACUUGUUCAGAAUUCUGUGAAAAGAACUGAGUAUUCAGUCUCUAUUAUCCAGAAAUCUCUCUCAACAUGUAGUUUAAUUUUCAAAUUAAGUGGUACUACCCCACAAUUUAACAUCCACUUAAAUAAAUUUCAUGUUUAAUGUGGCAAGCUUUCCAAAAACUUGCUAAUUUAUUGCUUUCUCUACAAUUUAAAUGGAUGUAAAUAACUAAACUUGGACACAGUAUCCUCAACAUUUUUUAAUGAAGUGCUCAAGAACAGGUUAAGCACUGUAAUAAAAUUUCCCUUUUUUUUAAGCCA